AUGUUUAGCGUGUUGCAUUUAGUAGCUUAUGGUGCUACAGGCCUUGCCUUUUGCUUUGUUAUACUUAGUUUAGCCUUUUCCAUCUUAUGUCACCUUGUAUAUAGUCUGAACCUGGAGACGUUCCCAUUCAUCAGUUUAACCAGUGUACCCUUUAUUGGCAGUUGCAUUUUGGUGUUUGCCAAUCACUUUUUGUGGUUUAGAUACUUCACAAGCCAUUAUCGACCUUUUAUGGAUAUCGCGGCGUUCUUUGGGUUGUGUGUAUGGUUGGUCCCUUUUGCGUAUUUUAUUAGCUUGAGUGCAAAUGAUAAUGCAUUACCCACAAGUGAUCCUGCAUUUGACGCUAUUCCCAAUCAGCAAAAGCAAGGAUUGAUGAAAACGAUGUUGAGCUAUGUUGGUAUCAAAGCACAAGAGACAACUAGUUUGGAUACUUCUUUUGUGCCACCUCCUGCCCCUGUGGUGAACCCAGCCUAUUCUGGGUAUACUUCCUCGACCUCCAGUCAAUAUAUGGCUCCCAACAGAGACCUUCAAAAUAGAAAAGCGGCUUAA